GUAGAAGCAUGGUGAUUUCUCCAAGAGCAAUCGUCGUGUUUAGUGGAAAAAGAAAAUCUGGGAAAGAUUUUAUUGCAGAUUUGCUACAAGAAAAAUUUUCUACAGAACUCUGUACAGUCUUACGACUCUCUGGUCCAAUUAAAUCACAGUAUGCUAAGGAGAAUGGGCUUGACCAUCAGAGACUUUUGGAUUCUUCAGAAUACAAGGAGACUUACAGGGAAGACAUGAUUCAAUGGGGAGAAGAGAAAAGAAAUGAGAACUCUGAGUAUUUCUGUGUUCUUGCAACUUCAGGCACAGAUUCUGAUAAAGAGAUCUGGGUAAUUAGUGAUGCUAGAAGGAAAACAGAUAUUGAAUAUUUCCUAAAAUAUUAUCCACAGAAAACUAUAACUGUCCGUAUUGAGGCAACUAUAGCAGUAAGAAAGGCAAGAGGAUUUGUUUUCAAAAAAGGUGUAGAUGAUGCAGAAUCGGAAUGUGGACUGGACUCUUAUUCAGCUUGGGAUCACAUCAUAAACAACAAUGGAGACAGUGUCCAGUUAGAGCAAGAGUUAAAUCCCUUGAUCAACGAUAUCAAAAAGUUACAACAGCUUCAACUUUCUUGAUGACUACAGACACAUAUAUUCACAUUCACAUGUACUAAAAAUGCUUAUGACAAUUUCAGAAUAGCUCAGCAAAGCUUAUAAGUGAUGUACAUUGGGAAGAUAUACAUUUUCUUAUGUUAACUACAUACAAG